AUGGGAGGCUGCACCUCCAAACCCUCCUCUGUGAAACCUAAUCCCUACGCACCCAAAGACACGAUUCCCCAAAAUGACGAUUCUACCCCUGCCCAUCCCGGGAAAUCGCCGGUCCGCGCCUCGGCCGCCGUAAAGGCUUCACCUUUCUUCCCCUUCUACACUCCCAGCCCCGCCAGGCACCGCCGUAACAAGAGCCGCGACGCCGGAGGCAGUGAGAGAGGAGGGAGCGUCACCAGCACUCCCCUCCGUCAGCUGGCGCGUGCUUUCCAUCCUCCGUCGCCGGCGAAACACAUACGGGAUGUUCUGCGGCGGAGGAAGGAGAGGAAGGAGGCUUCUCAGCCGGCGGCGAGACAGCAGACGGAGGAGGAGGAGAGAGAGGAGGUGGGGCUGGACAAGAGAUUUGGCUUCUCCAAGGAGUUUCAGAGUAGGAUGGAAUUAGGGGAAGAGAUUGGGAGAGGGCAUUUUGGGUACACUUGCUCUGCUAAGUUCAAGAAAGGAGAGCGCAAGGAUCACGAAGUUGCUGUUAAAGUCAUCCCAAAAUCUAAGAUGACAACUGCGAUAUCUAUAGAAGAUGUGAGAAGAGAAGUAAAAAUCCUGCGGGCGUUAUCUGGACAUAGCAAUCUUGUGCAAUUCUAUGAUGCCUUUGAGGACAAUGCCAACGUCUACAUCGUCAUGGAGUUAUGUGGAGGUGGUGAACUCCUUGACAGGAUACUAGCAAGGGGAGGGAAAUAUUCUGAAGAUGAUGCUAAAACAGUGCUUAGACAAAUCCUGAACGUUGUAGCUUUCUGUCAUCUCCAAGGAGUUGUUCACAGAGAUCUAAAACCAGAGAACUUCUUGUACACUUCCAAGGAGGAGAAUUCUCAGUUGAAAGUGAUAGAUUUUGGCUUAUCAGACUUUGUCAGACCAGACGAAAGGCUAAACGAUAUAGUAGGAAGUGCGUAUUAUGUAGCCCCUGAAGUCCUACACAGAUCUUAUACCACGGAAGCGGAUGUGUGGAGCAUAGGAGUAAUAGCGUACAUUCUCCUAUGUGGAAGCCGUCCUUUUUGGGCAAGAACCGAAUCAGGAAUCUUCAGGGCUGUUCUAAAAGCUGAUCCGAGUUUCGAUGAACCUCCUUGGCCUUCACUGUCCUUUGAGGCAAAAGAUUUUGUUAAGAGAUUGUUGUACAAGGACCCUCGUAAAAGAAUGACAGCCUCUCAAGCUUUGAUGCAUCCUUGGAUUGCGGGUCAUAAGAACAUGAGUAUCCCAUUUGAUAUUCUCAUCUUCAGGCAGAUCAAAGCAUACUUGAAAUCUUCGUCUUUGCGCAAAGCUGCUUUGAUGGCUCUGUCUAAGACAUUAGUUACAGAAGAACUUCUUUAUCUGAAAGCACAGUUUGCAAUCUUAGCACCCAACAAAAAUGGCCUCAUCACUUUGGAUAACAUCAGACUGGCACUGGCUGCAAAUGCAACAGAAGCAAUGAAGGAAUCACGUAUCCCGGACUUUCUUGCCUUGUUAAAUGGACUUCAAUACAAAGGGAUGGACUUUGAAGAGUUUUGUGCAGCUUCCAUUAGCGUUCAUCAGCAUGAGUCUCUCGAUUGUUGGGAGCAGAGCGUUCGCCAUGCUUAUGAGCUCUUCGAGAUGAAUGGAAACAGAGUUAUCGUCAUCGAAGAACUCGCCUCCGAACUCGGUGUUGGAUCAUCAAUCCCGGUCCAUACCAUUCUACAUGACUGGAUCAGACACACUGAUGGGAAGCUGAGCUUCUUGGGUUUUGUCAAAUUGUUGCACGGUGUCUCUACUCGACAGCCUUUAGCCAAAACACGGUGA